AUGUCUUCAUAUCCUACCCUCUCUUCUUAUCUUGUAUCACCAUCUGAGCUUAGUUCAGCUCUGAAGCGCAACCCUACCAAGCUUUCUACAGAACCGCGCAUUAUUCCUCUUUGUGCAUCCUGGUUCCUACCAAACGACGGCCGAAAUGGAUACGAUACCUUCGUUUCUCAGCGCAUUCCGCAUGCUCGCUUCUUCGACCUUGAUGCCGUCAAGGAUGUGCACUCGCCGUAUCCGCAUAUGCUCCCGUCCGCCUCCGACUUCGCAAUUGCAAUGAGACACUUAGGCAUACGACGGGAAGACAUUGUAGUUGUAUACGAUACAAAAGAACUAGGUAUCUUUUCGGCGCCAAGGGUUGGCUGGACACUGCAAGUCUUUGGUCAUCCCAAAGUACAUGUACUGAACAACUUCCGCAAGUGGGUCGAUGAGGGGUACCCAACGGUGAGCGGUGAGCCAAAAGAGGCGGAAAUAACAGAGUAUGCAGUCCCAGAGAUUGACGAGGGAAAGGUGGUGGCCUUUGAAGAAGUAAAGGAGAUUGCAAAGGAAUUGGGCAAGGAAGGGGCAGAUGAAGUACAAAUAUUGGACGCGAGGAGUUUGGGCAGGUGGAAAGGCGUCGAUCCAGAGCCUAGGGAAGGUAUCUCAUCUGGACAUAUCCCAUAUUCCACUUCAGUCCCCAUUACCGACCUUCUCGACCCCAAAGACAAAACCUUCCUCCCCGCUUCUGAGCUUCAGGCCGUCUUCAAGUCCAAGGGUGUGGAUCCCUCAAAACCCAUCAUCAACAGCUGCGGCGAUUGUAUGACGGGAGCUGGACGGAAUGGGCACAGCGAGUGA